GAGGGGGGAGUGGAUCCAUCGUCCCAUCGGCUGAGUUUACUGUAUGUAUGGUUGAGUUAGAGAAACAGCAACAAGCAUGCGGAUGAAUCUGCGUGGUGGACGUCAUCUCUUAACGUUCCAGUAUUCCUUGCCUGGUAUCCCAGUGGCCAAGCACGGACCUGUAGACCUGCGGACCUCCAUGGAUGGCAAAUACAAAGAAAUUGCUGAGGAGCUGUUGUCGCGCAGUCUGGCUGAGAGCGAGAUGCGUAGUGCUCCAUAUGAGUUUCCCGAGGACAGUCCCAUCGAGCAGCUGGAGGAGCGGAGGCAAAGACUCGAGAGACAGAUCAGCCAGGAUGUUAAGUAUGAGCCUGACAUUCUUCUCCGAGCCAAGCAAGACUUUUUGAAGACAGACAGUGCCGCUGAUCUUGAGUAUCUGAAGGAGCAGAGUGAAGCGCAACUGGAUCUGUAUCCAGAGCACGAGCUCAUACCAGAGAAGGAGUACCAGAGAGUCACCAUCUCUGGAGAAGAACAAUGUGGUGUUCCCUUCACAGACCUAUUGGAUGCUGCUAAGUGUGUGGUGAAGGCUCUGUUCAUCAGAGAGAAGUACAUGGCUCUGUCCAUGCAGAGCUUUUGCAGGACCACUGCUCGGUACUUGACGGAGCUUGGGGACAGGCCUCUGGACCCCAAUGCAUACCAGGAAAUGCCUGAAACCUCCGUAACUGCAGAGGCCCCAGUCCACCCAAAGACACACCCCUAUGAGGGCUUAGACCCAACCAGCAUGCCACCAGACAUGGGCUACAGCUGCAAGAUGAUAGACGGUGUUGUGCAUGUGUUUACUCAUAAGACCAAUAUGGAAAAAACUACAGAGCUGGAUCUACCCUACCCUGAUUUGCAAGAAUAUAUAGCUGACAUGAAUGUCAUGAUGGCCCUCAUCAUUAACGGACCAGUAAAAUCAUUUUGCUAUCGGAGGCUGCAGUACCUGAGCUCCAAGUUUCAGAUGCACAUCCUCUUGAAUGAAAUGAAGGAGUUAGCAGCUCAGAAGAAAGUCCCUCAUCGGGAUUUUUACAACAUACGCAAGGUGGACACACAUAUCCACGCUUCUUCCUGCAUGAAUCAGAAGCACCUUCUACGCUUCAUUAAGAGGGCCAUGAAGAAGUACCCUAAGGAGAUUGUACAUGUGGAGAAAGGCCGGGAACAGACACUUAUGGAGGUCUUUGAGAGUAUGAAUCUGACAGCUUUCGACCUCAGUGUGGACACACUAGACAUGCAUGCGGAUCGAAACACUUUCCAUCGCUUUGACAAAUUCAACUCCAAGUACAACCCAAUCGGAGAGUCCAUCCUCCGGGAGAUCUUUAUUAAAACAGACAACCAUAUUGAAGGGAAAUAUUUUGGACACAUUAUCAAGGAGGUGAUGGAGGAUCUUGAGGAAAGUAAAUAUCAGAACGUCGAGCUGCGUCUCUCCAUCUAUGGUCGUUCCAGGGAUGAGUGGGAUAAACUGGCACUGUGGGCCGUCAAGCACAGAGUCUACUCUGACAACGUGCGCUGGCUGGUCCAAGUGCCUCGUCUGUUUGAUGUCUAUCACACUAAGAAGCAGCUGAGUAAUUUCCAGGAGAUGUUGGAGAACAUCUUCAUGCCUCUGUUUGAAGUCACCAUCCAACCAAGUAGCCACCCAGAGCUGCAUGUCUUCCUGCAACAUGUGCUUGGGUUUGAUAGCGUGGAUGAUGAGUCCAAACCAGAGCACCACAUCUUUAACCUGGACAGUCCACUACCUGCCAGCUGGAUAGAGGAAGAUAAUCCACCUUAUUCGUACUAUCUCUAUUACACGUUCGUCAAUAUGACUGUGCUAAACCACCUGCGGAGGAGCAGGAACUUCAAUACAUUUGUGCUGAGGCCACACUGUGGUGAAGCAGGACCAAUUCACCACUUGGUGUCUGGCUUCAUGCUCUCAGAGAACAUCUCCCAUGGCCUGCUCCUCAGGAAGGCUCCUGUGCUGCAGUAUCUGUAUUAUUUGGCUCAGAUCGGCAUUGCCAUGUCUCCUCUCAGCAACAACAGCUUGUUCCUUAGCUACCAUCGCAACCCUCUGCCUGAAUAUCUAUCCAGAGGCCUAAUGGUCUCCUUAUCUACUGAUGACCCUCUGCAAUUUCACUUCACAAAAGAGCCCUUAAUGGAGGAGUACAGUAUAGCUGCUCAGGUGUGGAAGCUGAGUUCGUGUGAUAUGUGUGAGCUGGCAAGAAACAGUGUACUAAUGAGUGGCUUCUCCCACAAGGUGAAGAGUAACUGGCUGGGCCCCAAUUACAUAAAAGAAGGCCAAGAAAGUAACGACAUCCGCCGAACCAACGUUCCCGACAUUCGUGUGGCGUACCGAUUUGAGACGCUGUGCGAAGAGCUCAAUCUGAUCACACAAGCUGUGAGGAGUGAGGAACUAGAGACCAUCGAGGAGGAGGCUCCAUGCAUGAGCACACUGCACAGUGCACAGUAGGGACAGGGCACAGUAGCCCUGAGUAGACAGUCUGAAUGGGGCUGUUUGAGGAGACUGGUAGUCCGUCACAUCUGAGGUGAUGCUUAGAGUGUUAAACUGAUGUAAAACAUACUGCAUCAACACACACAAAAAAAAGAAAAG